AUGCCGGAACCUGGUUGCAUGAGGAUCUACAACAUGAAGUCGUUUUCGGGAAUCAUGAUCGACAAGUUCGAAACGAUGAGAUCCGGGGGUCGCCUUGUGGUCAACGACAUGGGCUUCACCGAAGCGCAGAAGGCCGUUGCACACCUGCUGGCACUGGAUCGGACGCUCGUGGCCGUCUUCGAAAAAUGGGGCGCCGGCGAGCGCCUGGUUGUUCACCACACUGGAUCCUUCGCAUCGGGCUUGAACUCUCAGCUGGACGCCCUGAACGAGGGUGAUGCCGUGACCUUGGCCGCCAAUCUGUCUAACAUCGAGAUGAGAUACGUCCAGGCACAAGCGGCCAAGAUGGGAAUGACCGUCGUUCGACAGAAGAACGAGAAGGGCGAGGAGACUCUCAAGGUCUUCAACAUGAACGAGUUUGCAAAUACCGUCCGGGAGAAGCUCGCCGAUGUCGGUGUGGGCAAUCGGGCCGUCUUCAAAAACUUGUGCAUCCAGGAGCGGAAGGUCGUCCACAGCGUCGCUGCUGAGAUGGGCUUGCAUACCAUGGACGGAGAAGAAGGUGAUGACCUCAAGAACGUGAUUGUGACGUCCGAUGUGGAGUUCCAGGCCGAGCAGGCGGCGCGGAUGUCCCAAGCAGCAGAUGGAGGCAGUGGCCAUUUCAUCCUUCCGCAGACAGCCCAGCAGCAGAAGGACUUCUGGGCUAUGGCGGACAGGAACGGCCUCUCCCUGGAUGCUAGCUUCCAUGGAUCCGGCAAGAGUCGCUUCGAUUUCAAGGGUGGCGAUGUGGUGCAUCUGGCUACGGUGAAGUCGCGAAGCGGCUCCAGCGCCAGCGAUGGCGACGCAUAUGACGAGAAGCCUGGUGCUGCUGGCUCAGGUUUGCGGCUAGGCUCCAUUGAGCGGGGCACUGAGGCGACGGCCGAGGAGACGUCCGAAGGGAUUGACGUCGACUUCCAGAAGUCCGCGACGCUCGCAUCCCCGACGAUUGAGACCUCCUCCGAGCUGAUUCGGCAGGCAUUCGAUGCUUAUGCCUCGGGCAACUCCCGUGGGGAAAGAAUUUUUUUGCGCUAUGUGGACUUGAAGGAGUUCGCAAGUGAUUUGCGUUCUGCGAUGCCCGGAAGGAGGAACUCCUUCCGCGAUUUCAAUGUCAUUUUAGAACUUUGUUUCGAUGACACCACGCAGUUGCAGUCCGAUUUUGGCAUUCGCGUCGGUCCAGGACUCACCCAUCAGUUUUUCCAGGUCUUCAUUCAGAAG